AUGUCUGAGGAGUCUCAGAAAAUUGCAAAUUCUGGAGGUACUUCGCCUGUGGACCUCAAGGCGAUGUUUGCCGAACUUUUAGAUGAUGCCAAACGAGAUAUUUUGGCCCACAUACAAGACUCUAUCGAGAAGGUUUAUGCCGAUUUUGAAGAUUAUGAGACCAGCCCUGAGAGUGGUGAAGCGAGCACUGAGUGUUCGGAUACAGCUGUUGCAACGGCUGUUGCAACUAAAAUAAACGAUUUUAUCCAGCCAAAAACCUCAGACCAUGCUGAAGGCUCGGAUGGCGGUUCCUUUAAAUCACUUGCUGAUGAAUUUAGUGUUCUAGAGAAAACUUCACCUGCCAUAGAUGCCAAUUUGGCAGAAAUAGUAAAGAGUCUGCUUACAGAGAAGCUCACAAAAGAAAAGUUGACCGAGGUACAGAACAAGUACAUCAGACCUGAAAACUGCACUAAUUUGGUUGCACCCAAGAUAAACAAGCAAAUUUGGCAACAAUUACGACAGGAGACCAGAAACAAUGAUUCAGCUUUCCAGAAGGCACAGUCCUUGCUUUUGUCAGGUUUAUAUGCUGUACUUCAGCUGUGUAAUGGUGCAAAUGGAGAUCAGAGGAAUGUUUUGACCCAUACGGCAGCCUGA